GGACAUGGGCCAAAACCCAAAAGUGGGAUGGAGCAAAAUCCGGUUAUUAUUGGACUAAGAGAGUUUAUUAGACUGGACCUCCAGUUUCCACAUUACGCCCAAAACAACCACACUCACAGUGUUCCUCCGCCGCCGGCCGCCGUCGACCUACCGCUCGAAUUUCUUCCACGCCCAACAGCUGCUCUCCAACAUAGGAAAUCCAGUCAUCUGCAUUCUAGCUGUCUAUCGAAGCGAAAUUAAUCGUCAAGCAGAAAUAAAAGAGGGGAAAAAUGCCUCCCAAGCAAUCGAAAGCGGAAAUAGCGAAGAAGCAGAAGGUGGUCGAGGACAAAACUUUCGGAUUGAAGAACAAGAACAAAUCUAAGAAUGUACAGAAGUACGUGCAGUCUCUCAAGCAGUCUGGACAGCCCAAACCCGACCCCAGCAAACUCCAAGCACAGAAGAAGAAAGAGGAGGAGAAAGCUAGAGAGAAGGAGCUUAGUGAGUUGUUUAAAGUUGCUGUAAAACAGCCUAAAGUGCCUGUUGGUGUUGAUCCAAAAUCUAUACUAUGCGAGCAUUUCAAGGUGGGGCAAUGUGCAAAAGGGUUUAAGUGCAAAUUCUCCCAUGACUUGAAUGUGCAGAGGAAAGGAGAGAAGAUAGACAUCUAUAGUGAUACACGGGAGGAAGAACAAGGAACCAUGGAGGAUUGGGAUCAAGAAAAAUUGGAGAAGGUUGUCGCCUCCAAGAGCAAUGAGUACAACAACAUGAAUAAGCCUACCGAUAUAGUAUGUAAAUACUUUUUGGAGGCAGUGGAGAAAAAACAAUAUGGUUGGUUUUGGGUUUGCCCUAAUGGUAUUAAAGAAUGCCAUUACCGGCAUGCACUUCCACCUGGAUAUAUUCUAAAAUCUCAAAUGAAGGCCCUUUUGGAGGAGGAAGCUCAGAAGAUUACCAUUGAGGAAGAGAUAGAAAACCAGCGUGCAAAAGUAUCUACCUGUACUCCUAUGACUACAGACUUGUUCAUGCAAUGGAAGAAGAAAAAGGUGGAUGAGAGAGAAGCUGGAUUGGCUGCUCAAAGGGCAGAGAGAGCCAAGAAUGACCGCAUGAGUGGCCGUGAGUUGUUCCUCUUAGAUGCAAGCUUGUUUGUUGAUGAUGCUGAGGCCUACGACAAGUACCAGAGAGAAGAGGAACCAGAUGUCGCGCAGAAUGUAACUGAUAACAGUCCUGCUAUUGACGGGCCAAGUUCGUCUUCAUCAACUGCACGAAAUGCAGAAGAUAUUUCUAAUCAUGUUGAUGAUAACGACGAGGAUGAGGACGAUGACGAUGAUCUUGACAUGGAUGAGCUAGAUGAACUGGAAGCUAGCCUAUCGAGAACAACAUUACAAAUCAAAGAACCCGGCGGCAGCGCAUGAUCAUCUUAUUAUUCCCGAAAAAAAGUGAGAAAUCGAUCGGAUUUUUGACUAAUUAUCUGAAUGAAUGUAUUAUUUGAUCUCGGUGACUGCUGAAGCAAUUUUGUGAAAGUAGAUGAGGAUUUUUCAUUGCAGACAUCAAUUACACUAAGUUUUGUAUGUUUAGAGACUAGAAUUAUUUGCAGUCAAUUAUUCCUGCGUGGGAAGAUUGGAGCAUGAAGAAUUCCAAAAUGUAGUUGCUGUGGAAAAUCAAAUAUUUUGUUAUUAAUGUCCGCUAAACUGUACCUGUUCUACGUGAA